CACUGCGCUUUUGUACCUACUCCUGGAUCUCCACUCCGACAGAGAGCUGGAUCACUAUGGUUCUGAAGAGAGGGGCUCAUGGCAAUGAUUUGCGCAGAAUAAUCGAUCAGACGUUUCCAAAGCUUCAUUUUUACCUCUCCAGACCCGUUCAUGGUAGAGCCGUCGGUCAUUUCUCCAUCACCGAAACUCAGAGGAAGAUCAGAGGAUGAAAGUUCUGACUAGUCUCCCUCUUUUAUUGGGCUUCUGGACUCUGUUAUACCUGGACUUCAUCCCGCAGGCGCUCUCCAUCACCGGAGUGGCCGGUCACAGGGGCACCGGGGCGGCCAAAGCCAAUCCACGGUUACCGGUGGCGCGCAACGGCACGACUCUCGUUAAGCCCUCAGACAACGCCAAGAUCUCUCGCAUCCGCGCUGGUCCACCUCUGAUCAAGGCCGAGGGUAACCCGGCUCGCGCUGCGGUCCCUGUGAGUUUGGGGCGCAGGGAGGCCGCGCGCUCUUGGGUACCCAAGGAUGCGGCGAGAGUCGCAUCCUCUUCCAGAAUCCAGCACCAAGUGGGACACAAUAAAGGAGUUUCUGCGCAGAAAUCCCCUGCGCCGGCUGCGAUCAGGGCUGGUCAGAACAGUGCUGGAGUGAGGAAAAGCAUCCCACCGUCACCUGCGCAUCUGAGAGCGGAGAAGCACAAGGACACCGAGGAACCCAAACACAAUUCAGUGACGCCCCAUGACUACAUGCUGUCCCUGUACUGGUCACUGACCAGCGGGGAGGUCAAUACUAGUGUCCUGCACGAGGCUGGGAUGGCCAAUACCAUCACCAGCUUGGUGGAUAAAGGACAAGAUGACCGUGGGCCCCUCCUGAGGCGUCAGCGGUACCUCUUCAACAUCAGCUCAAUGGAGAAGGAGGGUCUGUUAGGCUUAGAGUUGCGCAUCCUCCGAAAGAAGCACAUGGACUUUCGUAAGGCCACGUUUACUGGGGGCACGACAGCUUUGAGACUGUACACCUGUGCCUCAGGUAAGCACACACCCACCCUGCUGAUGACCCAAAAAAUCAACCCUCAUAGCGUCCCAUCCUGGGAAGUGUUUAACAUCUGGAAAGAUUUCGAGAACUUCAGAAACGCUCCUCAGCUUUGCUUAGAACUGGAAGCAGUCAAUCAAGGCCGACCACUUGACUUGCGAUUACUCGGCCUGGGUCGGGCAGGAAGGCAAGAUCAGGAAAAAGCCUUCCUUGUGGUGUUUGACCGUACGAAAAAGCAAGGGCUCUUUUACAAUGAGAUCAAAGCCCGUUCAGGUCAUGACAACAAGACCAUCUACGAGUACCUCGUCACCCAGCGGCGGAUGCGUCGGGCACCGCUGCCACGUGUGAAAAAACCACCCAAGAACCCCAAACAGAGGUGCAACCGCAAGCAGUUGCACGUCAACUUCAAGGAAAUGGGCUGGGACGACUGGAUCAUCGCCCCUCUGGAGUACGAGGCCUUCCACUGCGACGGCCUCUGCGACUUUCCCAUCCGCUCGCAUUUGGAGCCUACCAAUCACGCCAUCAUCCAGACUCUCAUGAACUCCAUGGAUCCCAAAUCCACCCCACCGACCUGCUGCGUCCCGACCAGACUCAGCCCCAUCAGUAUUCUGUACAUUGACUCGGCUAAUAAUGUGGUGUACAAGCAAUACGAGGACAUGGUGGUGGAGAGCUGUGGUUGCAGGUAGCGAGUUAUCCUGAAGACUUUCAAAGAACAACCAGAAGAGAUACAUACUGGGUCUUCAUGACUUCCAGACUUCCUCUGUCAAGAGUUAUUUGACCAAAACUUUUCCUCUUUGUCAACUAACCCUUUUUUUUUUUUUUUUUUAUAAAAAUUUGCUUAUACACUUGCAUUCAAAAUGAAACAGGGUUGUGCACCAUUCAGAAUGAACUCUUCAAUUUGAAUCGAGGAAGCAAACAGAAUAGCAAUUUGUGAAUGUGAAUGUAAGGAAGAAAGCCCUUGUUUAUACAUUUUAAAAACAUUGUAAAACACAAUCCAAUGCAAAAUCUAAAAUACAGGAAAAAUACCUGUAAAAGAAAGAAAACAAAAACUAAAAACCCAAUAUAGAAACUUUCGUCAUUUUAAUACAGUACAUUGUGGCCUAAUUUAUGGAUUUAUUUAAACAGUAAAAUUAACUGGAAAUGAAAAUGUUAUGUUAAAAAAAUUAUAUUGCAAUAACAACAGUCAUUUUACGAAAAAAAAAUUGUUUUAUACUUUUCACAAUUAUCAAAACCAUAUUUAUAUAAAGAAAUAUGUAACUUGUGACUAUAGGUAGAUAGAUAGAUAGAUAUAUGGUGGAAAAACACUUCUUUUCCCAGAAUGCAUUGCUUGGGAUGAAUUGCAAUUCAGUAAAUUCCUCUUCCUGUCAUUCAAAUGAACUUCCUGUCAGAUGUGGCUAAGUUCAGGUCACACUCAUGAACUGAAAGAGAGCCGAUUCUUCCAUUCUGAAUUUUGCACAACCCUGUCAUGUAGAUCAUUAUUAACAUCUGGAGUUCACAACAAGGAUUCAGAACAAACAAACACUGUUGCUUUACAUUUGUAUUUUUUUGUUUACACGGACCUGUGUUGAUCUGCCAAUAAAACGCCGCAGAUUCCCUAGUCAAAUGCAGGUGUCUCUUCAAAACUAGCCGAUGGCUUUUCUGCUAAUACAUUUGGCUCAGUUUGCCCCUGCUGGUAGAUGUCAUAACCACACCAUCUGGCUGCUAAAAACAUCUGUCUCCAUUGACAGCCAUUCAGUAUAUUUUGCUGGAAUACAUGUAACUGCAAGCAACAAGUAAAUAUUUAAUUCAAUUAUAGUAGAUGUAGAUUUAUCAGAGAUUUAGUCAGUGCAGAAUUGUGAAUCUUGCUGGUGAAAUGACACCACUACUCACCACAGGUUGAUGUUUUUGUCCUCAUAUUAUUAGCUGCUCAACAGAAGCACAUUUUAAGUAUUUCUUUAAGUGAUACAUCUUGAGUAAAUGUCUUGUUAUAUAAAAAAAUGUUUUUUUAAUUGAUUUAAAUGUAUUUCAAUGCUAAGUAAAUAGUUUAAACUUCUUUUUUAACCUUUGUUUUACAAAAGAAACAUGUUGCUAUUGCUUUUAGUGCUGAAGGAAAUUUUGGAUGUGUGUUUUGUUGUUGUUGUUUUUAUGAUCCAGUCAAAGUUACUUCCCAAAGUAACAGCAUGUAACGCAUAUUGUGAUGCUAACCAUUCUGAAAACAUUUUUGUACAAAUAUAUUGAAAGCUAUAGCCUAUAAUUACAUUUUAAAAAUAUGGCAUUUAAAUUGAGUGAAUUUAAUUCAACAACUAUACCACAGAUAGUUUAACUAUAUGUCUGCACUCUUAAUUAUUAUUUUUUUGUUUUGUUUUGUUUUGUUUUUGUAAAUAAAUGGAAACUUUAAACCAGGAAUUUAUGUUAACUGAAGGAAGCAGAUAUUCAUAAUAAACAAAAGG